AUGAAAGGAGAGUCAGAUAACGAGCAGUCUUUUGAUUCAGAUGAAUCUGAUGAUUACAAUUAUAAUGAACCUGAUUAUGAUGUAGAGGGUGAAAAAUAUAGCACAGAUAGAGUUCAUCCUGAAUCUUUCAUGUACAAAGGACUAGAAAGAAAUGAAGUCGAAAGUUUUCUUAACAGUAUUGUCGAUAACCUAUGCAACAUAAUACAUGUGCCCCCAGCAAUAGCUCGUUUAUUGCUGCACAAUAAUAAGUGGGAUGUAGAGACAGUCAAGAAAAAGUUUCUGGCUCAUCCUUUGGUUACACUUAUCAAUCAUGAUAUUUUACCAGGACUAAAUACCCAAUCCAGCUGCAGUGAUAGCCAAGCAGUGAUGGCUACUAUCCAUACAAUUCAAAAACUUAAUUCACGCGUCACUCCUUUUUUGUCGCGACCUAAAAUCACAUCAG